AUGCAGCGACGGCGGCGCGCUCAGCCACCCGCCUCCCGGCUGCCCGAGGGCGUGGGCGGGCGCGGCGGCGAGGAGGUGGAGGUGGAGGUGCAGUUCUCCGCCGGGCGUUUGGGCUCGGCGGCCGCGGGCGCCGCGCGCAGUACCGACGAGGACGAGGAGCGGCUGGAGCGCGAGCACUUCUGGAAGAUCAUCAACGCUUUCCGCUACUACGGCACCAGUAUGCAUGAAAGAGUGAACCGAACAGAAAGACAAUUCCGAUCACUUCCGGAUAAUCAACAGAAACUGCUUCCUCAGUUUCCUCUGCACUUGGACAAGAUCCGGAGAUGCAUUGAUCAUAAUCAAGAAAUACUGCUGACCAUUGUGAAUGAUUGCAUGCAUAUGUUUGAAAACAAAGAAUAUGGUGAAGAUGGGAAUGGAAAGAUUAUGCCAGCAUCUACAUUUGACAUGGAUAAGUUGAAAUCAACACUGAAACAGUUUGUGAGAGACUGGAGUGAAACUGGGAAGACAGAAAGAGAUGCCUGCUACCAGCCAAUCAUUAAAGAAAUUUUAAAAAACUUUCCCAAAGAGAAAUGGGAUCCUUCUAAAGUAAAUAUUCUGGUACCUGGUGCUGGACUAGGAAGACUGGCCUGGGAAAUAGCUAUGCUAGGUUAUGCUUGUCAAGGAAAUGAAUGGAGUUUUUUUAUGCUCUUUUCUUCCAACUUUGUACUCAACAGAUGUUCUGAAAUAAAUAAAUAUAAACUUUAUCCUUGGAUCCAUCAAUUUAGCAAUAAUCGGAGAUCAGCUGAUCAGAUUCGACCCAUCUUUUUCCCUGAUGUUGACCCCCACAGUCUUCCUCCUGCUUCUAACUUUUCUAUGACAGCAGGAGAUUUUCAGGAGAUUUAUUCAGAAUGCAAUACCUGGGACUGCAUUGCCACCUGUUUCUUCAUAGACACAGCUCACAAUGUAAUUGAUUAUAUUGAUACUAUAUGGAAAAUACUUAAGCCAGGUGGAAUUUGGAUAAAUCUUGGUCCUCUACUGUACCACUUUGAGAAUUUGGCAAAUGAACUUUCCAUAGAAUUGAGCUAUGAAGAUAUUAAAAAUGUUGUUCUGCAAUACGGAUUUCAGUUAGAGGUGGAAAAAGAGUCUGUAUUAUCAACAUAUACUGUGAAUGAUCUCUCUAUGAUGAAAUACUACUAUGAAUGUGUUUUGUUUGUGGUCCGUAAGCCACAGUAAUGGUUUACGUGAUGUUACCCAGAAUAGACGUUUUACUAAGAACAAAUGGUGAAAUAAACAACUGAAAAUCAGCUAUCAGUGACAACAGGAUACAACCUCAAAACAGUGGUGCCUUCUUAUUCCUACAAACAUAGUGUCUAUUUUCUUAAUAAUGUCUAUUGCUUUUUUUUCAAAAAUAUAAUAUGCCAUGCAGAUUUGUAUUACAGAAGUACAAAAUGGAGGAAAUAGCAAGUAUACAUUUUUCCUUGAGGCUCACAUGUCUUUCAGUAGAGAAAACCUAAACUCCCAUCUUCAUGAAGCUGUUAGGAGUCUGCCAUGUGAAUGACUGACUGUAUCGAAGUCAUAAUGACUUCCUUUGUGUUGCACUGUACAAAUUAUUUUUAGAGUCUAAGGAUCCUGACUUGUUCAACACCUGAAAUUGGGACCUGAAUGAUCUGUAUUGAAAAUGUUUCUAUUCUUUUAUCGUUCAGAUUAGUUGAUUUUUUUUUCUAACUCAGCUGAAUUUGGAGAAGUAUUAAACAUUUCAUUUUUAUGAAAUGCUAAAUUCAGCUGAAUCACAGGUCAGUGGAAUGUUCAGAAAUUAAGUCUUGGCCACACUAAAUUGAACACUAUUAUGAAGGAAUACUCAACCUGGAUCCCUUUGAAAUGUAUGAAAUUUCAACAUUGGAAUUGAGGCUAGCACAAAAAGCCUUUUUUAAAACUAGUACUAGGAAAAUAAUAAAAUCUGUUCACCAGAAACAGCCGACUUCAAAUUAGAACUGAAUUGUGAAGCUUGUCAGUGUAAUGUUUACAAUAAUGUCUUCAGAGUGUGUGGAUUAUGAAAGCAAGCACUUUUUAAGUUAAAACAAUUAUAUUCUAGGAAAAACUUUCAUGAUAGUAUUAAUGUACAAUUUGGGGUAUGAAAUUCAGGGAUAAAGUAAUGCCUAUGGUCUAUGUCUUCAAUACCCUAAGCAGCAGCCAUUCAUGUAAUAUUAGAUUGAUAUCAGUUUUGCUCCUUAGUGUAGAUGGAGUUUAAAACAGUAUGCUUGCUGCUUUAAAUUUCUACCUCUAGGAGAUCUUCAUUUGAGGAAGUUCUAUCUUUAUUUUUAAUGGUCUGUUCCACUUGCUUAGAAAGCAAAGAUGACUAUUUUAACUUUUUCUUGAAGAAAGAGCUUUUGCUGAAGAUUUUCAGAUGACUGUGACUGCUUUAAGACCUGUGGCAAUUUGAAUUAGAUGGACUUAACGUGCUGUAUCGUAUAUGCCAUGUUUUAAUAGGAAAACUUGCCGAUUUUGAGAUAGACCUUUGUUGGUACUUAGGCAGUGGGAGUCACUGUAGGAGCUGGCCUCUUUUUCACUGAGGUUUCUGCACCUAGUGAAGGUGAAGGAGCCUUUGUGAUUUCCAUCCCCACUGACAUAGUGAAGAGUUCCAGGGAAAGUCUGUGUACUCCCUUUCUUCUUUUGAAUUCUUGUUCUUAUGUCACCUAAUACUUGUUAUAUGUUCAUUUGGUAGACUUUGUUAUUACCUACUAAUUGCAAAGAGGGAGAUAAUCUCCCUCAAUUAUUUUUAAAGAAAAACACAAAGUCUUAAGUAUUAAAAAACUCAAUUGAACAGCAUGGAAUGAAGGCUAUUUUUGAGUAAUUCAGAAAUGCUUUUUAUUCAUUUACUAGUACUUUUUUUUUUGAGGCAGGGACUCACUCUAGCCCAGGCUGACCUGGAACACACUGUAGUCCCAGGCUGGCCUUGGAACUCACAGUGAUCCUCCUACUUCUGCCUCUCCAGUGCUGGGAUUAAAGCUGUGUGCCACCCCUGAUUUUUUUUUUUUCUUACAAAGGUAAUAUACAUUGACACUGAUGGGUUUUGCUUGAUUCCCUCCCCCUUUGCUAUCAGGUUGAUAAUAGUAGCAUUUCUGGGUUAUAGCAUACAUUUUAUUUGACUUUGAAAUCAGCUAUUCAUUUUUAAUUUUUCCCUCAUAUAAUCAAUAUCUUUAAGAUAUUCAAUACAAAUUUGCAUCACUUUUUCUCUUGUAGCCUUUGCAGUUAAUAUUUUCUAAACUGGAAAGUAUAGUCACUGGAGGAUUUAUUUAAUUUUGUAUUUCUUUUGUUCAGCUACUAAAGUGCAUAAGCUGUAAAGUUGUUAAUUUUUUUCAUUAUUAGCUAUAGAUAUAUUCUGUGCUGAGAAGGUGGCUCAGUGGUUAAAGGUGCUUGCUUGCAAAGCUUGUUAGCCUGGGUUCACUUCCUCACUACUCACGUAAUGCUGGAUGCAAUGAGUGGUGCAAGCACCUGGCAUUUGUUUGCAGGGGCAAAAGGUUCUGGUGUACCCACAUGCAUGUAAAUCUUUAAUGUUCUUUUCAUAUAUGUGAUCCUUGUGCUUGCUUUUCACUUUUUUAAUUUUCACCUUCUGACAUCGUGCAGAUUUCAGAAAUGCUAAUCAAUGAGUAAGGUGGGCCACAGUAAAUCUACAGGGAACGGUAUAAAUCCCAAUAUAAAAUUAUCAAGUUUGGGGACUGUAAAGCCUACUGUAUAUGUAAUGCUUAUUCUAACAGUUACCAGAAAAGCUGAAUUGGAAGCUUCAUGCCUGCAUGAAAUUUCCUAUAUUUUUAAUGUGUGUGAUGGACUUAAUUUUUCUUGGAUAUUAAAGCCUGCCAAUUGCUAUUAAACAA